UAGCUCUCCGUCAUCGUGCUCGCUGAGCGCACCGGAGGCUACUGCGGUAAGAUGCGGCGGCGCGUGAUGCCGAGCCGCGGUGGAUAAGAUGAUGCGCAAUGGCCGAACGAGUGGGGGGAGAGACGGAAAAAAGACCCACCGUUGUGUUCGGCUCUAAUUCAGACGAUGGGACGGACGUGAGCGCGUAUCCGACUGAUUUGUAGCGCUGUGGCGCCAGUGGUGCAGGCCGACUGGACGGAUGUGGUGGUGCUGAUCCCACUGAAGGAUGCUCCGGAGCCCGAGGAGGGUUGAAUAGGCUUCGUCUGUAAACAAUAAGGAAGCAGGGACGCGUUAAGUAAAGGACCUUGGAUUCAAAGCCUGGACCUGAGACACCGAGGCAUCGAGGUUGCUUCGUGACAGCUGAGUCAGUCCACAGUGACGUGAGGCCAGCCGACAGUGACGGUGUCACUGAGCAUCAGUCUGGGAGAAAACAAACAUCUCAUUAUCUUCUCUAUCAUCAGCACUGACAGCUGGACAUCUGACCUGGGCGUUUCUUUUCUUCAUCAGGACACUCAAUGUUUCUGAGCAAUAAAGGGUAAACAGAGGCACAACUCCAGCUCGCUGUCAGGAAACAACUGACUCUGUUUUGAUUUUUCUUUUUUCUUUUUUUAUCCAAAAACUCAGAUGUUGUCAGGAUGAACUGUUAAGACAUGAGAUUGACAAGAGAGUCAGCUCUCAACUAAGUAUUUUUUUCUUCGUCAGAGUGAAUCAGUGAGAAAUUCUUGAGAGUAUUUCAGCUGUUUCACAAUGCCCAGUGUAUUUUUUCUAAACUUAGAUCUUUUCACCUUUUCACUGACAUGUUCUGAGUCAAGAAUAGACUCUUGAUUGUGGCAGCGUUCCCUCUCACAAAUGAGAAUUCGACCCGACCCGACUGGCUGCAUUUUGAUAAAGGAUAAAGUGAGGACAAACCAAUAAAACAUAGAUGAGGCCGACAACAAGCACCAUGCUCCAGCAGAAUAACAACAACAACUACCCCUGUCUGAACGUGUCGGGCUCCACCCGGGAGAUGCUCCAGAAGUGCUCCAGAACCUCUCUGCCCUUCCCCAGCCGACUGGAGCUGGGCCUGGGAGACCUGCCUCUCAUCCGGGGCCUCAGAGCCUGGGUCCUGUGCUCCAAGAACCGCUGCAAGGCUGGCGGUCUGCUGGGAGGAGGACAGGCCCCCACAGCUCCACCUGCGGGCCGCGGAAGUUUGACUUCCGGGCCCAGGCCUGCAGAUGUGUACCUGAGCAGGGAGUGGGGUCGCAUGGGGUACGGGCUUCCCUUGGGGCUGGAUGCCAGACAGGCCGGGAUCGGAGCUUUGGUUACGGUUGCCACUCUGAAGACCUCAGAGGGCAGCGGGAAGACACAGACUCAAUGCCUUUUCCUCCGGACUGAGAAAGGAAGCUGUUUGUACUCGACGGCUAAGCCUGGAUCAGGGGCGACUACCAGUGCAGCCUCCAGUGUGGUUGGAGGAUGGCUGAGGGGGAAGACGGGAGGAGGAGGAGGAAGCAGAGAAACUCCGGCCGGGAGGAGGGACAAUGGGCCAACUCUGCCGGCACAGACUGGAGCAAACCGGGUUAGAGUGCGAUCAGGAAGGAGAUGGAGGAAGUCCGGAAAUGCAGCAGGCCAUGAGAAAACAGGCGUGAGCAGUGAGAGGCAGCAGAGGAGAAGGGAGGAUCCUGCAGGAGAAAGACAGGAAGAGAGAGACAAAGGACGCCUGGAAAGUAAACACUUUCCCAGCCCACAGCAGGAUGGUCGCAAAGCCAGACAGGAGAAAGAGGGAUCAUGCAGAAGUCCCAGAUGCUCCCACAAUGUUUCUCCUAAAACCUCCUCUCAGUGCGGAAGGAGAGCACAGAGGAGGGAAAGCCAGGAUGAAGGCGAGGGAUGCGAAAGUCCGAGAAGUCCAAACAGGCUAAAUGGUGAGGUGAAAGUAAUGAGGAACGAGGAGGAGAAGGAGGAGAAGGGAGGCCGGUGUGAGUUAGAGCCUUCUAACUCUGAUUUGGCUGUACCAGGCCUUGACCUAGAAUCCAACCGCUUUCACCCACAAUCCCCCAGUGGCUGUGAUGGGGAAGAGAUUAGAGAGGCCGACAGCAACGAGGAGCUGAAGACGCAAACUUCUCACAGCAAGGACGGCUAUACAGACUCUGAGAUGAUGAAAAUACAAACCGGAAACAAUGAUUUCAUCCAUGUUGAGUCCGGACAGUCGAAUGACGACUUUGAAUCAAGACAAAACAGAGGCUCUGAUGACAGAGGACCAACUAGAAAUCCCCGUGAAGAGAUAGCGGCUAAUGUAAAUGGAUUUUCUGAUUGUGCGGAAGCAGGUGAAGAAUCGGAAAAAGAGAUGGAGAGAGUGGAUUUUGAAGAGGAAGAAAGGAGCAUCAAUCAGACUUCUGCUGAAUUCUCAGUUGUGUCCAACUGCUACGAGGACGCCUCUGUCUCCACCCGCCCUGCCUCCAUCAGCACUGCAGUCUCCCCCGAGUCCUCCACUCCAGUAGAGGGCAGCAUCUGCACUGCCGACCAUGAGGCCUGCUGGGAGGAGCGCCUUGAGGGGUGUCAUCUAAGGGAGGCAGACCCUGGGAUCAUGGGUAAAGAAAAACUGGAUGUUAGCAGGUUUGAGUCCCAAGAACCAAACCCUGCGGCUGACGAGAACAACACUGUGAAACCUCAGAUUUUCGAGGAAAAUAACAGUCAGCUGGAGGAGAAAGAAACUUCAUCUUCACCUCUCAGACACAGACUUCCCUCCAUCUUUGAGACAAACAGGAAGACACUGUGUAGGACAGUUGAGUCUGAGCGGAGAGAGGAGCCGCAGUCAGAGGAGGAGAGACUGAAUCCUGAGGAAGCCGAGGAGAUUCGGAGGAGGGAGUGCACCUGCAACAAGCUGGACGAUGGCAAUGGUGAAGGUGAUGAUGUCAAAGAACAGCAAACAAAGGAGGAGAUAAAUGUUAGGACCAUAUGGGAGGAUACGUAUAAAGAGGUCAACAACAGGAGGUUACAGUCUGCAGACGAAUGCAGGGGAAGGAAGACAAACGGUGAAACAAGCGUCACCCAUGUUGAGGAAAAUGGAGAAACCAGCACUAACGUCUCUAGUGUUGCCUGUGCUGAUCCCUCCACCUCUCUUGCACUCUCACCGGCUAAUCCUGACCCCUUUCUGCCCCUCCUGGGAUCCAUGGCAACCGGCCUGCCCUGUCUGGAGGAGGAGGAGAAGGAGGAGGCGUGGGGGGAGCUCAGAGCGACGGCAGGAGACGGAGGUCAGGAAGGAAAGAGGAGGCACAGGAGAGAGCUGGAGGAGCAGGGCUCCACCGUGGCCACCGCAGAAGGGAGAAAGGAGGAGGAGGAGGAAGAUGAGUUUGGAGUGUUCAUGUAUGCGGAGGGAGAACCAGCCUGGAGCGGUGGGUCCACCAUGUCUGCCUCAGUGCCUUGUGGGAGCAGAGAGAGUGUUGCUCUUGGAAACCACGCAGGCACCGGGGAGUCGACCCUCUGGACGCCAGGAUGGACGGACAGCUCGUUCCACCAAUCAGAUGACACCUGGACGGCCUUUCCUCAGGAUUCGUCAGAUGAAGGGCGAGACGACGUGGGACAGUGGUGGCCGACCAGCGCUGUGGAGGAGAGGAGAGACAGGCUCUCGACCAAUCAGAACCUGGUGGCUGUCUUUGCUGAAGCCUUCCCCUCGCUGCCCGGCUCGUCGUCAGGUGACUCCGGUGACCUCGACGCUGUUCCCACUCUGACCCAGCUCCUCAGGGGCAGAGCCAGCCAGGACCAGGGGCUGUUGGACAGUUUCCAUGACUUGAACAAAAUGAUUGGACAGAGAUACAAGAGAGCCAAUGGCGUGUCUCGUGACCUGCUGCUGAAGACUUUACACCUGGAGCAGCCGCACACUGAAAGCAAACCUGCUUCCUGGACAGCCAACCGGCGUCUCUCCCCUGGCCUGCCCUCGGCCAAUCAGCACGCUCAGAGCGCUGCCGCCAAGCGACGGCUGUCAUAUGACUACAACAGAAACAUCAUGGAGUAACUCUGCAGGGUCAGUUGUAGCUGGACUGUGAUUCCUCAGCAUUCACUUGCAGGUUUUAACCUGAGCAGGGCCGGACAUAUCAACAACAGGUUUCUCAAGACUCUGGACUCACAACAUGUGUUACUAUCUCCUAGUCAAAUACUGAUUGACCUUUUGACCCUUUGCACUCUCCCUGGUUAUUCAAGCCGAAGCCGCAGAGAAGACAUAACCCAUGAACACGGCGCAACACACCAGACGUCGUCUCCUCCAGCUCCUGUUGAUGUAUACUGGUGGAGUAAUUUCAUUACACAUGUGCCACCUCGUUCACACCACCAACAACGUUCCAUUUAGAUUUUCCUUCUCCGCCCUGAUACCAGCAGGCUGUCAAAGACUGUGUGGAGCGUGAUGACCUGUGGUUACAAGGUACUCACCACUACAGUAUGUUGGAGGAGAAGAGUCCACCCUGAUAUUUUCCUUCCUGUUGCAUUAUUAUCAGAGAAGAUUUAAGUUUUACUUUAAUAGAAACACACUUCUGGUCAAAGGUUUUAAGAACAUAGAAUACCCCCAAUUUUUUCUAGUUUUGAUUGAAAUUUCAGCAGCUCAGGUCCAGUGAAUAACCUGCAGUGGUACAAAGGUGAGUGGUAAACUGCCCAAGCUAAAAAAAAAGAGAAAAAAAAGAUAAUGAACCAGACAGUGACUUCACCCGAUGAAGACCAGCACCGUCUCCAGACUUAAACCGCAUGGAGCUGGUGUGGGACGAACUGGACAGAAAGCAAAGCAACCUGCAAGUGCAACACAAGACGUCACAAGUUUGUUCAGCUGCUGGACGAGUCAGAACUUCUGAUUUCAUUUAGGAGAUUCCAUAAUUAAUUUUUUUAAAUCUAUAUUAUUUAUUUGUUAUGUUUUAAUGUCAUUGAAUAAUGAGUUGGUCUAAAACUUUUGACCAGAAGUGUUUGCCUCUGAGGCAGAGCUGCUGGUUUGUCUCAUUGGUUGAAUUAAAUCUCAGUGGGUUGAGCCAUAUAAAAACAUUGAUGUGCAAGAAAUGAUAAAAAAAUAAAUUUCUCACAUGAUUUCUACGUUCAAUUAUGACCAUGUAAUUUAUGAUUUUGGACGGUUAGCAUGCUUGCUAACUAGCUUAUCUGCAUUGUACAUGUGAAAUCAGCUAGGCUCCUGUAACCUGCAAACUUUGGUCAUUUUUUCUGGAUAUAUAUAUUUUCCCCACUUCUCCUUCUCCUUUGCAAAAAAGAUAGUAAGAAAAAAGAAAGAUAGUUUUCUUAUGCACAAUAUUGCAUCUUUGGCUUCACCAGAGAGUUGUUUAACUCAACCAAUGAGAUUUGCUCCUCUAGAGCGGCUGUGAGAGGUUUGUGGGAUGGAUGUCGUGUGGAAAUAGAGGAGAGCAGAAAGAGCAAAGGAUUUCUGUCAUUUAUUAAAAGUCACUCAAACUGUCAGACUGUUUAAGGUGACACUGAUAGUGAAAUUUGUGCACUGAAAUAAUAGUUAUUCAGCACUGAGCUGCAGUUCACAAUACAGUUUGGGCGUAACAAAAAGAAAUCAUUUAUACUUGCCACAUAACCAUUGAAUGAAUCAUUGUGAGGGAGGUAUUCACGUUCGCUUUUCAAGCAGUUCUGUAUUAAUCAGUGCUAUUAUGAUGGCAGAUCAUAUGAUGUGAGCAUGAUAUGAAGCUCCAGUCUACCUCCCAGAAAUUGUGUUUUUGUUUUGUUCGAGAGGGAGAGACAACGACAUAAAGUCCCCCUCGCCUCCCCUUUCAGUUUGCCUCCAGAAACAGUGUAAGACGCUGGGUGGCUGCCCACAUACUGUAUGUCUACAGAUCUGAAAGUCAGAUUCAUGCUAAUGUUAAAGCUCAUUUUCCCUUUAUAGUUUAUGAAUGAUGGAAGUACCUGAAAAGUAUAUCGUCACACUGGAGGGUGAUGUGAAGCAUUAUUUUUCCACAUAUGGCAGAUAAAGUUACCAGUGUGAUGAUGUUUAAAUUUUACGUUUACAUUUUGCAAGGUGAUGCAUGUGCUUUCAUUGUGUAAUAGCUACAGAAAAAAAAAGCUAAUGAUAGGAAUGAACCUUAAAAAUAGUUUUGGUUCCUCUGAGAAAUGAGCUCGUCUUCCAGUUAGUGCCAACAAGAACACCAGUGAAAGUGCCAAUGUUUACAAGGUUACAGAAUCAUCACAGACACAUUCAGGAGAAAACUUCAGUGCAUCCACUGAGGUGGACUCAAACAGAAAUUCUGGCAUGUAAAGGUUUGUUUUGUUUUUGUCUCUCUGUCUGGCUUCCUGUCUGCCUCUGUUUCACUACACUCAUGUGAACGCCACAUUGUUUUGCAGUUGAGUCCACUUCACAGGCAAAACUUGAAUUUAGCUACCGAUUAAAACAAUAUUUUUGAGAACACUGUUCACCAGUCAGUGAUGCACUGUACACUUUUUUUUUAUUUAGACAUACUAUCACAUAUAAUCACCUCACAACGUUUGUUUGGCUUUACGUUGUAUAUUUCACUCGGCAACUCAAUCAUUUGUGAUGAAAUUCAGAAAAAUCAUUUGUGUGCGCUGCCAUUUGUACAAACUACAAAUCCCUGAAAAAGAAAAAGAUGAAUAUUUUCUGAUCUGUUCAAAUGAGGAAGAAGGAGAUGUCGCCUUGUUAAGUGAUGUAAUAAAAUGAUACUGCGUGA